AAUUAAAUUUAGCAGACAAGUUGUUUUGGAACGAAAAUGAGUUUCUGCCGAUUGUUUACAUUAAUAUUAUUUAUUUGUUUCUUAUAUUUAAACAAUUGCGGAGCACAAGAAUCAAAUUCAAAAGAUACACCGGUGAGAAAUGCGAUUAUUGCCACUGUAAAAAAUAAAAAAUUACAUAUUAGAUCACUUUGUAGUCGUCAUGUGAAUGUGACUCAGUAAUAAUUUCCGUAUUACAUUUAGUAAUAAAGCAAUGGUAUAAUUAAAUUUAAUUAGGCGUCAGAGACUAUUGGAUUUAUAUUGAUAUAUAAGAAAGACUUGCAUUCUUCUUACAUUAAUGUCUAAUUGAACAAUGCACCCUACAGCUAACUACCGAAUGCCUGUCAGGAACGUAUCCGCCCGACAAAAAGUAAUACAAGCUAAGACAAUAAACUCAAGUUCAAUUACACUAAUUUUCACUUAUAGAACGAUAGUUCCAAACUACAUCGUUAAUUUGGACGAUCCACCCGAAAAUAGAUGGCAUAAUGUGGCUAAAGACAAAGCUUCGGAUAUUACCAAUAUUAUGGGUGUGUUGCGUUCCUUUCUCCAUGAAUUUGGAUAUAUAGGAGAUAAGAUAUUCUCCUUUGUCAACAGUGACUUGGGAAAGAUUGUUGAAACUCUUCCAAAUCCUUACCGAGAUGAGAUCAUCGGCAUUUCGAAAUCUUCGAAUAUAAGUUUGGGCGAAAUCGUCACUUAUAAUAUUUUCUACGAAAUUUUUACCGUUUGUACAUCAAUAAUUGCAAAAGAUGAUAAAGGUAACUUUUAUCAUGGAAGGAAUUUGGAUUUUGGCCUAUUUAUGGGGUGGGAUGUAAAGAAACACUCUUGGAAAAUAACUGAAGCACUUAGACCCGUUGUUAUCACUGUAGAUUUUCAAAAGGGAGGAAAAACUGUAUUCAAAUCAGCUCAGAUGGCUGGUUACAUUGGAAUUCUUACCGCUAUAAAACCGGGCAUAUUUACGUUGUCUAUGGAUGAAAGGUUUGAUUUAUUAGACGGGGGUUACAUAGGUGUAAUCGAGUGGUUAUUGGGACAACGUAAGGCUCAAUGGAUGGGUUUCUUGACUAGAAACGUAAUGGAGAAAGCGGAUAGUUAUGACAAAGCAAAAUCGAUGCUAUCCGAAACCACUAUGUUAGCUCCAGCUUAUUUUAUUCUCGGAGGAAAUUCGUCCAACCAGGCUAGUUUAUAA